UCGGCGCGAGACACCUAGUGAGCUCCGAACUCUACACCCUGGUUGGGUGUUCAAGAAGUCGGCGCCCAACAACAAACUGACACUGUACCUGGCCAGUCGUGACCUCGUCAUUUCCGACAAGAAGAUCGACAAGCUACAGGGUGUGCUGCUCGUCGACCCUGACUACCUGCAGGACCGCAAGGUGUUCGGCCAAGUGACGCUGACCUUCCGCUACGGGCGCGAGGACGAGGAGGUGAUGGGACUCAAGUUCUGCAACGAGGCGGUCAUGUGCCUGGCGCAGCUGCACCCGCCGCACGAGAGAGCGCAGCACGAGCCCAUGACCCCGCUCCAGGAGGCGUUGGUGCGGCGGCUCGGUCCCAACGCGCACCCCUUCACCAUGGAGGUGACCCCUCUGGCACCACCCAGCGUGCAGCUGGUGCCUGCCAAGGAGUACAGCGGCGCGCCCAUCGGCACUAGCUAUGACGUGCGUGCCUACGUAGCGGAGCGCGCCGACGAGAAGCUGCACCGCCGCAGCACGGUGCGCAUGGGCAUCCGCGUGGUGCAGCGCGCCGCCGUCCCCGGCGCCGAGGAGGCGGCGCCGCCGCACGGCAGCGUGGACAAGCCCUUCCUGCUGAGCGACGGCCGCGUCGAGCUGGAGGCGUCCCUCGACAAGGCCGUGUAUGCCCACGGCGAGCCCCUGCUCGUCAACGUCGCCGUCAACAACAACAGCAGCAAGACCGUCCGGCGCAUCAAGGUGUUCGUCGUGCAGCACGUAGAUGUGUGCAUGUUCUCGAACGGCAAGUUCAAGAACGUGGUGGCGCUGGUGAACAGCCAGGGCGAGUGCCCGCUUGGACCGGGCUCGUCCCUCAGCAAGACGUACACCCUGCACCCGGCCAAGGGCGCCACCAAGAACUGGAUUGCCCUCGAGGACUCGUUCAGCAAGGCGGUCGCGUCGCUGGCGUCCACCGUCACCUGCGCCUCCGACUCACCCGAGGACCGCAACGUCUUCGCCAUAUACGUCUCCUACUACGUCAAGGUGAAGCUGCUGGUGGGCGCCAUCGGCGGCGAGCUGGCCCUGAAGCUGCCCUUCACGCUGACGCACUCGAGCUCGGACCCGGACCUGGAGGGCGUGGCGAGCCCGCCCGCCGCCGGGGACGAGGGCGAGGACGAGCCGCAGCACCUCCACAUGCAGUGCGUGCUGUGCUGCUUCGCGGACCGCGAUGCCUUCCGCAAUUACGUCAUAGAUCUUGGCGGUCUCAGAUCGAACGCAGUGAGGAUAAAAUUUAAAAAAAAAAUGACAGAUCCUUCCUCAACGGAAGCCACCGACAUACUGACCUCCCACUGGCCAUGCCAAGGUAAAUAAAUAUAUAUCGAUAGCUAGUAUGAUAUCACG